CCGCAUCGCCGAGCUCCACCAAUAGGAAGCGGCCAGGAGUUCCUAGGACUGUCGUGAGCGCAGUGGCAGCUUCAGAAAUGUUUUAUAAACUUUUGAUAGUUGUUUUCCUCGCUGUUUGUUUACAGGGCACGCCGUCAGAUGGACAGAAAAAGAAGGAGACCCUGCUGUCAGAGAAGGUCAGUCAGAUGAUGGAGUGGACCAGUAAGCGUGCCGUGAUCCGGCUGAACGGAGAGAAGUUUAGGAAGCUGAUCCGAGCCCCUCCACGAAACUACUCCGUUAUCAUCAUGUUCACAGCGCUGCAGCCACAGAGACAGUGUGCAGUCUGCAAACAGGCGGAUGAAGAGUACCAGAUCCUGGCCAACUCUUGGCGCUAUUCCAAUGCAUUUACUAACAGGAUCUUCUUCGCCAUGGUGGACUUUGAUGAAGGCUCAGAUGUUUUUCAGAUGCUCAACAUGAACUCGGCUCCGACGUUCAUCAACUUCCCAGCCAAAGGCAAACCGAAGCGAGCCGACACGUACGAGCUGCAGGUGCGAGGCUUUGCGGCCGAACAGCUGGCUCGAUGGGUGGCCGACCGGACCGAUGUUCAUAUCCGGGUCAUCAGGCCUCCGAACUACGCCGGGCCGCUGAUGCUCGGUCUGCUGCUGGCCUUCAUCGGCAGUCUGGCUUACGUGCGCCGCAACAACCUGGAGUUCCUGUUCAACAAGAACGUCUGGGCUUUCUCUGCUCUGUGCUUUGUUUUGAUCAUGACAUCUGGUCAAAUGUGGAACCACAUCCGAGGACCUCCGUACGCUCACAAGAACCCAAACAGUGGCCAAGUGAGUUACAUCCACGGCAGCAGUCAGGCUCAGUUUGUGGCAGAGACUCACAUCGUUCUUCUCUUCAAUGCUGCGGUGACUUUAGGGAUGGUGCUGCUCCACGAGGCUGCGACCUCUGACCUGGACGUUGGGAAGAGGAAGAUCAUGUGUGUAGCAGGAAUCGGGCUGGUGGUGCUGUUCUUCAGCUGGCUGCUCUCCAUCUUCAGGGCCAAAUAUCAUGGAUAUCCUUACAGCUUCCUGCUCGGUUAAAUGAAGGCCCUCGGAGGAACGGUGGCAAAUAUUAAUGAGCAAAGUGCCUCAAUGUUUAACAUGAGAGCUUGAUUUGGUAAAGUUGUGCUUGAGCCUGUGUGUGUGUGUGCCUUUUUGCUUUCUUUUUCUAUAUUACAGAUCAGCUUUGAAAAGUGUGUCCUCUCUCUGAGUGGUGUAGUGUCAGGAAACGUGGUGUGGGUUACACCGAGGAUAAACCCAAGCAGAUACACUCUGUGGCUUCGCUUGCUAAUCAGCUUUUUUAGCUAAUCAGAUGUACAGUUUUAUAUUGAAUUUGGUUCGGUUUAUAUGAGUAGAUUUGAAAGACGCACAAAAGCAAGCAAGGUGUUUUCAAUUCUACCUCUUAAAUGUUGAUCUCGAGUGUCCAAAGUCAAAUCUGUGUGUGUGUGUGUCGCUUCUGAGCUAGUUCAGUGUGUGAUGGAAAGAAAGCUCAGGGUGAAUCAAAGUGUCCUAAAUGUGGAGGAUUUGCUGUAGUCCUGCCUCAGGUGAUGAUUUCUGCCAAUAAAAGUGCCUUGAUUGCUUG